AAAAAAAGGAAAAGGAAGCGUCCGGCUUUGGGAAGCGUUCACAAUUCCUUAGGCUGCCUUUUUGUCAUGCUAGCAUAGCCAUGCAAUCUCUACCGGUUCCGGUUUAGGCUGUUUUUUUUUUGUUUGGUCUCCAUUUCUGUUCUCUUGUUAGUGACGCGAGCGGAUUUCUGUAACGGAUUUCAUCAACAAUAACCUCCAGUUUGGGUUUCGAGCGUGUUCAGUGAAACAUGGAAACACCAGCGCGGCAGAAAGGGCUUGUGAUUUAGUAGUGAACAGUGUUGCACUUUUCAGUGUGUCCCGAGUCUGUGGAAGUGAAAAGACGUAUGAAAAUAAAACAGGUUUGUGUGAAGGCUUGAUAAUGGGCUGUGUCAAAAGUAAAGAGGACAAAGGACCAUCGCUGAAGUACCGACCAGAUGCUUCUAACCCCACCUCUGUUCCCUCCCACAUGGGUCACUACGGACCAGACCCCACCCAGAUGGGCCAAUCACCAGCCCUCAAGGGUCCCAACAGCAGCUACAACAGCCACGCUUCCUCCAUCACUCCGUUUGGCGGCUCCUCGGCCACCAUCACUCCAUUCGGCGGAGCCGCUUCUUCGUUUUCCACCGUGGCCGUAAACAACCCCUUCCCCGGUGGCGUCACAGGUGGUGUGACCUUUUUUGUGGCCUUAUACGACUAUGAAGCCAGGACAUGCGAUGACCUCUCGUUCAAAAAAGGCGAUCGAUUUCAGAUCAUCAACAACACAGAGGGAGACUGGUGGGAAGCCCGUUCCAUCAACACAGGCAAGAAGGGUUACAUUCCCAGCAAUUAUGUGGCCCCUGCUGACUCCAUCCAGGCUGAAGAAUGGUACUUUGGGAAAAUGGGACGCAAAGAUGCUGAGCGACUGUUACUGGUUCCCGGAAACCAGCGAGGGGCGUUUUUAGUCAGGGAGAGCGAGACAACAAAAGGUGCCUACUCCCUCUCGAUACGCGACUGGGAUGACCUGAAGGGUGACAAUGUGAAGCACUACAAAAUCCGCAAGCUUGAUAACGGUGGCUACUACAUCACCACAAGAGCUCAGUUUGAGACACUGCAGAAACUGGUCAAACACUAUACAGAGCACGCAGACGGACUCUGCUACAGGCUCACUACAGUCUGUCCGACUGUGAAGCCCCAGACUCAGGGCCUGGCUAAAGACGCCUGGGAGAUCCCACGUGAAUCGCUUCGGCUGGAACUCAAACUGGGCCAAGGCUGUUUCGGAGAGGUCUGGAUGGGCACUUGGAACGGUACCACCAAGGUGGCGAUUAAGACACUCAAGCCUGGCACCAUGUCCCCCGAGGCGUUCCUUCAGGAGGCACAGAUAAUGAAGAAACUCAGGCAUGACAAGCUAGUGCCUCUGUAUGCCGUCGUGUCCGAGGAACCCAUUUACAUUGUGACUGAAUACAUGGGCAAAGGGAGUUUGCUGGAUUUCCUAAAGGAAGGUGAAGGGAAAUACCUCAAGCUUCCUCAGCUAGUGGACAUGGCAGCACAGAUUGCUGAUGGUAUGGCCUUCAUCGAGAGGAUGAAUUACAUCCACAGAGACCUUCGGGCAGCCAACAUCCUAGUCGGAGAAAACCUGGUGUGCAAGAUCGCUGAUUUUGGUCUGGCCAGGCUGAUUGAGGAUAACGAAUACACCGCUAGACAAGGAGCCAAGUUCCCUAUUAAAUGGACAGCACCCGAGGCUGCUCUCUAUGGCCGCUUCACCAUCAAAUCUGAUGUCUGGUCUUUUGGUAUCGUGCUGACUGAACUUGUCACCAAGGGCAGAGUGCCAUACCCAGGCAUGGUGAACCGGGAGGUUCUGGAGCAGGUAGAGAGGGGAUACAGGAUGCCGUGUCCUCAAGGCUGUCCUGAGUCACUGCAUGAGAUGAUGCAUCUGUGCUGGAAGAAAGACCCUGAUGAGCGACCCACUUUCGAGUACAUCCAGUCCUUCUUGGAGGACUAUUUCACCGCCACCGAGCCACAGUACCAGCCUGGAGACAACCUGUAGAGCCGUCAGCCUGGUCCCAAACCAGCACGCUGCUUACUUCCAUAAAACCAUCCGUGCACACUUCCUGUUCUUCUGCCUUCGCUCUUUUGAUUUAUUUUUUUUUUUAAUCUUUGUGCAACGGUGUGGGAAGCACCAUGUAACACCUUUCUGCGUUUCGUUAACCCUCUACUGAGUUCAGGAGAAGUGUGAAGUGAAGUUCAGUAGGGAAGCAAGCAUGUGGAUUUGGAACAGUGAGGGAGCUGCGGAGAAAGUAACGACCAUAGUGCUGAUUGCAUAAAUGUCUUUUCUUUUCUUUUUUUUUUUUUUUUUUUUUUUUUUUUUUUUUUUUUUUUUUUUUUUUGCUUUUCAUCGUUUUUAGUUUCCAUGCAAACGUUUUGUUUUCUGACUGUUUUAAGAUCAAGAACUGAGUGUUAUUUUCAUUGAUUUUUACUUUUCAUUUAAUUUCCUCUUUUUUCAUUAAUAUCAAUAGUUUUGUUUUAAAGAAAAGGAAAAAAAAAGUGACCAAUAACUGUGGAUGAAAACGACGGUAUCGCCUAAGACUGUCGGUGAUGCUGUGAGACAGAGAGAGAGAGAGAGAGAGAGAAUAUUUGCCAUUAUGAAUGUAUGAGUAGAGUGUAAGCAAUGUGAGCAUGAGAGAUGGAAAAAUAAAAGAAUUUGAUUUUGUAAGUUAAAAUAGUGAUGGGAAAAUAAAUGGGUAAGAUUUUUAUGAAUUGGGGUAGAAAAACCGAUUUUUUUUUUUCUAGUAAUCUGUUAUAAGUUGAUCUAUAACUGAUGAUUUAUAUUUGUGAACUUCUUUUAGUGCCACCCAGAAAACUAUUUUAAUAGUGCACUAGCCAUAAACAAAGACCCUUCGUGUUCACCUUGUCAUUUCAGCCGAGUGCCAGUUCUGGGAAAAUAUGUGCACGUGAUGUGUACCACAUUUUUUAUUGUUUAUGGAGCCUGUAAAUUGUACUUCUGCAAUUUCACCUGCAUAAUAUUUUCAGGAGCACGGUUGCAUGUGUUCAUUUCCUGGAUUAUCUGAUUCAAGUCAAUUUGUACUUAAUACUAAAACACUACAAACUGAGCCCAACACUAAAUACUUCAGAUCUGCUGAAACGUUUAGUCACGUGUGGUGCCGUAGCUUUGUUAUGCUGUGUGAGACGUUUUGGGUGAGUGCACAUCAAUACAAUGAUCAAUUUUCUAUGAUUGAACAAUUCUAUCCUGAUGGCUGUGGUCUCAAUAUCCACAAAGCAUCAGCCUCCCUGAAUAAUUUAACCAGGAUGAAAAAUGAUGCUACAACUUUCACACUCACCAGUUCUCAUCUCACUCGAACACCUACGAGAGCUUAUUUCAGAGCGAUGUGUUAGACAGCGCUUAUAGCAAAGGACCAAUUUUUUGGAAAAGCGGAGUUCAAUCUUUACAGUACGGUUACAGAGGGUUGUAGAAUCGAUUGCCAAGAAUCACCUCAAAUGUUCUUGUGGCUCAGAAUCAGAUUUUUUUAAUUACAUUUUGUUAAUUGACAGUACCCUUCAAAAUGCCAUUUUAAAUCAAAUAAGCUUUUCAGCUUGACAAUUCUGUAGUGAAGGAGGAUCUAAUAAUUCAUCGAUUUUUUUAGUGUUGGAAUCAACAAUAGAGUCUGUGCUAUUUGUUCAUACUGUGUUAUGACAAAAGCAAGGUUAAUUUCAUGGAGAAAUACAAUCCCUACAUUUCAUAUUGGAACAGAACCAGUUUUUGUAUCACUGAGAUACACUUAUGAAGAGAACUCGCAGCUCUGUCUGCUUUGUCAUGCUUUUCUGAAGCUGCUUUAUCACUUUCUGUGACUCUGUCGCCCCCUACAGGAUAAUUAGAAUUACAACUAGCGAUAAUAAGGCCACUGUUACACUUCCACUGGGUGUAAUGAGGGAUGUUAAACAGAAGUGCUGAAAGAGAUGGGAGAAAAAUAAUUGCUUUCCAUUUUGAGCACAGAAAAGACAUUUCAAGGUGGUGUUUUAACACUCGCUGGUGUUUAAAUGUCACCUUUCAGACAGUCAAAUUGAAAUACACUUGGGCGCAAAACUAUAAAGACGAAUUUACGUGGUGUUUAUAGAUCAAUUAUCAUCAGCCCAUUACCUCAGUAACAGUUUUUACAGAGUAAUACAGGUGCUUUACAUAGAUUUGUGUCUCCCGGUGGUUCAAAACAUGUUUAAAUGCACUUCAUGUGUGAAAGUAAGCAAGUCCUCUCUACUCACAGAAGUCUUUUCAGCUUUUUGUUCUCCUGUGUCAUUAUCUUUUUGUUUUGGGUUCACAGGAUUUUGUCAUAACAAUGAACCCCUCCCUCCCUCUUCCCAGAAAUCUGUGGUUUUCAAAGGGCUAUGGACCAGUUUGAGGAAUCUCUUUUGUUCUUUCAUGGAGACUUGAAGAAGAGAACUGAAUCACUUCGGCUGCCGAGUUGAAGUUAUGGAGGUGGUGUGUACCGUCAUGUUGGCAACAAAAUACUAACCUGAAUAAUUUGUACAGUAAAAAAAAAUAAAGUUGUAUGUAAUGCU